UCACAUCCCCAGGAUCACCCACAUCAACGUCAGCAUCAAAUAAAAAUCUAUUUGAAACUUGUAAACUACAUUUGCUUUGCUUCUCGACAAGAUGUCGGCCGAAAUUGAGGAAUUACUGAAGCGUUACCAGAACUAUCCGAAUGUUGCUGGCGUUAUUAUUUUGGACCCGUUCGCCAUACCCAUCAAGACGACCAUGGAGUACACCUUGACCGUCCACUACGCGGCCCUGAUUAGCACCCUGACCUACAAGGCGGCCAAGAUGGUCUCCAAUUUGGAUGCGAGCAACGAGCUGAUGACCAUACGCCUGCGCACCAAGGUCCACGAGGUGAUAGUGCUGCCCUCCGAGAACUACAUCAUCAUCGUGGUCCAGAACCCGGGCACCUGAUUCCCAUCCCCGUUCUCUGCCCAAGCAGACCCAAAACCGUCCAAUAAACCAUAUAUAUCCCGCGUUUCACCGAUUGCAA